AUGCCUGCCUUAUGGGACGAAAAGGGGAUAAUAGACUGGAACAAGAUCCGGGAGGUGAAAGUAAAGAACUAUGUGCCGGAACUGAAGGGAUUGGGAGCAUUGCAGACGAUGGCUGCUACCGAGUCAGAUGGAGAGAUGGACGAACAAGACGAUAUUCAGUCAGAGCAGGCAGUUUCGAGAGACUUGGAGAUUACGAUGAGAGCCAGGGAAGACGAGUACAUCAAAGUUGAAGUACCAAUAUCAGUUAAUGUAACCAUUAACAAACUUCGACACACAGUAGAAGUCUUGAGCAAUGCGGAAACACCAGUACACAUCCGCGAUAGUUUCUACGCAACAAACUCCAUCCCUGGAUUAAUUUGGAUUGGACAUUCAGGUAACCCGGUGCUAGCCAACUCGGAUGAUAUCAUGCCUCAAGAUUUUGACGAGCAGAAUGUGCGCGACGAUUUUACGGAGCUCAAGAUAAUGGUUGACCUAUUCCGUAAAAAGAAACCAGAAUCAGUUAGCGACUCGGUUAUAGAUAUGGAUAGUUGCGGUUGCCCUAGCCUGUUAAUGUCAAAUUAUUGUGUGCGCCAGGCUAUUAACAACAGAGUUCGUGCUUUUAAUGAACAGAGCCAGACAAGUGCACCUCUUCCAGCGUAUCAAUUCGUAAUGUGUUUAGACAAGACUGACGAGAAUCGUACAAAAACACAUACAUCUUUGGGUUUCCUCCCCACUUAUAGAGGAAUACCGCUGAGCUCGCAGAGCUCAUCAGCCUCUGGAGACGCGCCGCCUGCUACACGACGUCGAAGCCAGAAGUCAUUGACGUUUGCAAGUCUUUCUGCAGAAGAAAGUGAACGGGACGAAAAGGGGAUAAUAGAUUGGAACAAGAUCCGGGAGGUGAAAGUAAAGAACUAUGUGCCGGAACAGAAGGGAUUGGGAGCAUUGCAGAUGAUGGCUGCUACCGAGUUAGAUGGAGAGAUGGACGAACAAGACGAUAUUCAGUCAGAGCAGGCAGUUUCGAGAGACUUGGAGAUUACGAUGAGAGCCAGGGAAGACGAGUACAUCAAGUCAGUCAUUCUCGGCGACGAACUUGUAGAAACUUUUCAAUGCGCCAGUCAUUCAUGUAGAAUGGACGGGAUCAAUAAAUGGACAAAGACAAUGUACGAAGCUGAAUGUACCGGAGGGAGAAAUACAAUACAUGGAAAUGAAGGCAGUACAUCUGAAGCGAAACAGCCAAGACUGGUGGAUGAAGCUGAUAAAACCGAUAAUAACAUACGAGAAAGAGACGGCAAUGGCAUUGAAGUUCAAUAA